AUCACUCACUCUUUUCCACCACACACUCCAGCUGGGAUUCGCAGGGCAAACGUGAUGUCAUCGGUGGACCUGCCCACUAAAGAGCAGUGUGAAAGCUGGAGUCCCGUGCAGGUGGCCAACUUCCUCUCCCAGUGUGGAAUGCACGAGUGUUCCGCAACUGUGAGGAGGCUGAAGAUCGACGGCUUGUGGUUUCUGAACCUCUCUGACAGCGAUCUCAGCCGAUUCAGCCUCCUACAACUGCCGCAGCUUCAGAAGAUGGUGGAGGGUAUUAAAAAGAAUGACGGGAGCAUUAUGAACAGGCUGAAGAGGUUUCAGAGCGAGCAGGCGGCUUUAAUACGCAAAACUGGGAAAAGCACGUGGAACCGAUUAAAAAAGAAACCACCGCCAAAACUUCCCACGAGAGACUAUAACGCAGAUGAACACGAGGACGGUGAGGAGUGGUCGGGAUCUGAGUUUGACAGCGACACAUACGAGGACCCCCUAGAGGACCACGAUGACAACUACGAGCCUCCUCCAUCUGAGCAAGAGAAGAGGGUCUUCACCCCUGCCCCAUCAGCCUCCUUUCCCAGGGGGGAGUAUGUAGAUAGCCUUCGAACCAGGGCCAGCCAACCCCCCAGACACCCAGCCCACUCCCCAAGGGACCACAAACCACUGCUGCCCCCGAAACAUGCCCGGCCAGAGGACGACAGCGAGGAUUACAUUGACCCAGAGGAGGGAGAGGAUGACAACUACAUCGAUCCCUCUGAGAACACUGCAUCAGACCUUCCAUCAGCAAACAGAAGAGUCAAGCCUGCAAGAAACCACCUCCUGGUUUCCAAAACCAAGCUGGAACGCUCACAUAGUCCAGAUGAGUAUGAAGUUCCAGACCUAGAGGAACAAUCACCUCCAGUAAGCAGGUCAAGCGUGCAUCUAAGCCUCCCGGCACAAUGUACACCCCCUAGAGCCAGUCCAAGAUUCCAUAUCAAGAAGCCUCCUCCUGCUGCUGAACCAGUGGAGGAUGAAGAUGAUGAGUAUGAAGUCUGCGAUCCUGAUGAAUCUGACAGUGUGCAGUCAGAGAAGAGUUGUUCUUCGUCUUCACUGACAGUUCCUACUCCACUCCCCAGAGCCUUGAAUAAACCAAGUGUUCCUGUAAAGCCGAAUGCUUUAUCGCCAAAAAGAGAACAUGACGCUCGGCCAAUGCCCAUGAAGCACAAUGUCCAGAGUGCCACACCCCCACCCUCUGAGGCCACACGAGCAAGGUCCCCCCAGGGCCACCGAACCUCCCCCCCUCGGCAGCGGAUCUCCCCCCCUCGCCAGCAGACCUCCGCCCUUCUGCACCGGAACUCCCCCCCUCUGCAGCGGACUUCCUCCCCCAAACCGCCCGCUGACAGGGGGAGGUCGCCCGGGGCCAGGACGGGGACCAGCACUGCGGAGGAGGAGGCCGGUGUGCAUAAGAAAGCCUGGUACUCCAGCACCUGUGACCGGCGCUCAGCUGAAGAGGCCCUGACGCGCUGCAGCAAGGAAGGGGCCUACCUGGUCAGGAAGAGCUCCGGUCAGGACCCCAGCCAGCCUUACACGUUGGUGGUGUUCUACAACAGCAGGGUCUACAACAUCCCGAUACGCCACAUCCCAGCCAGACGCCAGUAUGCCCUUGGGCGCGAGAAGACAGGAGAGGAGCAUUUCAGCAGUGUCUCCGGUAUGAUCGAGCACUAUCAGAGGAAGGCCCUGGUGCUGAUCGAUAGUCAGAGCAACACCAAAGACUCCACCCGGCUGCUGUUUGCCGUGAAGCCCUAGGAGCAGAGCCCGGGGCAGGCCCAAGGGUGGGCUGCACUGAGUACUUGUGGGUGGCAGCAAAGUGCAACAAUUAAGCACCCGGGGUUUAAACCGAAAGGCUCCAGAGGGCACUGUUGUUCUACCCAUGAGCAAGGAACUCAAUCCGAUUGGUUCAGUAAAUUUUCAGCUGAAUAAAUCGACAUCUUGUCAUACAUUUCAAAAUUGUUAUAAGCUGGGUGGGUUGCUCCAAAUAAGUCAGCUUAACAAAUUAGUAAAAUACUGAUGAUGUAACGGGUUCAAAAAGGAAUGCACAACUCCGAAGCAGAACGAUACAGUGAAAUACACAGAACAGGGAGAUCCUGCACUGCAGCCCGAACAACGGCCGUGUUCAAGAACAAAUACGUUUAAAAAAAGAGAAAAAUUCUGCUGAAUAUGCUUGAAUAUGCCUGAAUUUCAGGUCUUAGUUUAGUCACAUUCCACAGGGGAGGAAAAAACAUUUUAUUUUACACAAGGCUAGUCACAUUGUCCUUUUGUUGUAUUGACCGCGAUGUGUGGAUGAAUAUGGAGUAUUUGACUAUUGUUAAAUUACUAGAUGUUCUUAAAAUGUGCAUAUACAGUCUUACAAGGUUUUAUGUAACGCUUUUAGGAAUAUAGAUUUAGAACAAUUUUGUAUAAAGAUAUCCAAGUUUGUUUUAAAAGUGCUAUUGAUUUUGUAAGAAUCAAUAUUUUGUACAAAGUACUUUUCCGCAAUUCAUGCAAUUAAAAGCAUUUGUAAUUUGUAGUA